AGUCGCUCCGCAGACGUCCCUACUGGCAUCGUCCGAAACCUGCGUGCAGGGAUUUGCUUCGCGUUAUAAACGGAGAAAAAAUACCCGUUUUCGCAAGUGUUUUUUCGAGCCUUUUCUCCCAGAGAAAGAUGAUAUUGAAAGGAAGUGAGACUGUAAUAUAAAUCUGCUGCACCCGUCUUCCGUCAGCUGACAUGUCUGUCUCCACACUAUCCUGUCGGACUAACCGGUGGCGGCACGCUUUUUUGUUUUCUCAAAUCGCGGUUCGUUUCUCCCGUUUCCCGUCUCCUCAUUUCCUUUUCUCUAUCGCCAAUUUUCGCCUUCUGGGCCGCGAAAAGCGCUUCUUUCGCAUUUUCUCACCUGUGGAACAUCGCACCGGCCCUCCACACAGCGGCUCGUCUCGUGGUCAACGGUGCAAAUCUCGGCUCGGUGACUGGCUUUUCUGUUGCACAUUCUUCGAGCGAUGCCAAAAUUGUUAGAAGGGAAACGAUAGAGUCCUGUAAGUGCAUUCUUCCUUCAGAUAGGUGACGACGAGCAUUACUGGCGACGCCGCAUUCUUUCCCGGCCCGCGCCCCAAAUUCGUUUAGCCACUCCGUUCUCGCGCAAAAGACCAGUGCGUUUUCCCCUACGUGACACAUUUUACCUCUCCAGAGUUGCCCUUCUGUACGAGGAACUUGUUUUUCUUUCUCCCUUCAGUCGCGGCGCCCGAUGUCCCAGCCUUCCCUUGCACUUUAAAGCUGACGGAUAACUUCCACUUCUCUGGAUCUGCGGCGAUCGGGCGCCGAGGGCUCAAGAGCGAGGAGGAAGCAAUCCCUUUUACACAUCUUCACUUAGACAGUGUCACAGGCCACAGGACACUAUGAGAGACCGUCAGGGGUGACCGGACUGGAGACGGCCCAGUGCGCCUUCCUUCCUAAGCACAUCUUCCCUCUCAGGGUUUCCUUUCUUUUCAAGUUGCAAGUCCCGACUAACAAGAAGACAGACAAGACAUAGAAAACGUCCUUUCCGAAAACUGUCUUCAAAAUCGACAGGUCACAUGUCCAAUUGACGUUUGCCGACGGAACGAAUCAUUGCGUCGACCUUGAGGCGACGCCGGAGGACGGGGUACGAACUAUCGAUACACUGUUUUUUUUCAUCGUCCUUGUAUUUCUCAUUUGCGUGUUUCUGUCACUUCGUCCUUCUCCUUUCCGUCGAUCGCGGUUGCCGCGAUUUUUUUUGUCUUCUGUUAUCGUCGCGUCUCCCUCCGACAAUGGCACUACUGUGUCUCCGCACUGACACAAGGAGACUCCUCCAGGAAGACCCGAUGCGUUACUCCUCGUUUCUGUUCAACAAGUAGAGCGUGCCUUGUCUCGCUGACGGCUCUCACCCUUUCGUAUCCUUCUUUUCCUCUCUGGCGAGGCUCCUCUGGUGCGCUCCAGGUUUCUCCGCAUGUGUCUCUCGGUCUUUCCACGUUUUGGACUCUACGCUGUCCCCUCUCUCUCUCUGGACGUUCUACGCGGUCUUUGCGUCCGUUUCCCUGGAACCUUCUUCGUUGUCUGUCUCUUCUUUUCCUUCUUUUCCUUCUUUUCCUUCUUUUCCUUCUUUUCCUUCUUUUCGUUCUUUUCCUUCUUUUCCUCCUGCGUUUUCUCGUGAGCGGUGGCCCCGGAGAUGGCGCAGCUGGCCUCGCGUUCCCUCUGCGCUGGCCCUUCGUCUGCUUGUCAUGGUUCGCGCCGUUUUCUGCUGGCCUCGCUGGCAGUGCUUUUCUUCGUUGGUCUGGGGUGUUGCUUGGGAGUCCCCGUGUCUCCUUCGCCCCCGGCGGACGCGUCUGAAGACCUCUUCUGCACAUACUACGGUGACAGCGACUGUCCGUCGUUCCUCAGUUUCGCUGCACAGACCCUGGGGCUCUGCUUCCGCACAUGGAAGAAUGUCUCGGCGGCGGCGCUCGAGGCCGGCCUCUCCGGCCUGGCUCGUUUAGUACCCUUCCUGGCCACCGACGGCGCGACCUCGCGGAUGAUUCACAUCGUCUUGAGCGUCCUGGCGACCGUCUGCUUCCUCUUGCUUCUCUCUCAGAUCUUCUGGCGGUACCGGGUCCACCACUACAACAAAUCGGGGUCUCAGGGUCUGAUCCCCAAGUCUCUGCAUCAGUGGGAGCCGUUCUCUUCUUCUUCGUCUCCGCGCUACUGCUCGGUCUGUCGGCAGCUGAUCUCCGGUUUCCUGAUCUACCGGAACACAGGCUGGGCUUGCACUUUGUGUCAGCGGUACGCCCACACCAAGUGUCUCCGCCUCGCGGAGAGACUUGACUGCAAGACGCCGUGUCUUCCCGCGCCGACGCCCCAUGUCUUCAUUCAGGGGAACCUCUCUGCGGAGGCGACUUGCUGCUGCUGUGGCCUCGCAUGCAGUUCGAACUUCGGCCUCGACGGCCUCCGCUGUCUCUGGUGCAACCGGACGCUCCACGAAGAGUGCCGCCACCGCCUGCCGUCUCCGCUCUGCGAUUUAGGUCCUUUUCGCCAGCUCGUUCUCCCGCCCUCGGCUGUCAGUCUCAGCUUCUCGCUGCUCUCCUCGAACCGCGGCCUCCUCCGAGUCGCCUCCUCCCUCUGGCGCCGCGUCGGCGUCAAGGAAGUCGUCAAGGAAGGUUUGCGGGAGGUGCAGGAAGGCGUGAGGAAGUUCAACGAAGCGAUCGUGCAGCCGCUGAAGAAAUCGCUCAAAUUCGAGCAAAGACACAGCGAACAAGUCGUCCAGGGUGAGCGAGGGAAGACGAGACUCGAGGGAGCCCAUGAAAAACAGAGAGAAGGGAAGGGGGACGCGCACCAGCUCGCGAGCGAAGUGGAGGAAAACCGGUCGACGGAGCAGGCCUCUGGCGAAGCCGAGUGCCGAGGCAACUCGGGAGGCAGCCGAGAGGCGGAGAGCGGAGAAGAUCCACUGGCAAACGAGGCGACGAGGGAGAGCAAGUCAGUGGAGAACGAGUCUGUGGACAAAGAGAAAGAGAAGGAUGCGCAGAAGAAGCCUCGGGAGGAGACAUGUGAACUCGUAGGCGAAGAAGAGCAAGAGGACGCAACGCGGGGAGACGGAAGCGACAACCCUCCGGUGGAUCCUGGAGGAAAAAAAGACGGAGGACGGAGUGAACCUCCACGAAUUCUGUCUCGUUUUUCCGAAAGCAAAGGACAGCCGAAGCCGACAACGACGGCCCGCGACAGUUCCACAGACUCUGCUGCUCCGUCUCUCACUGCCGCGUCUUCAGACACGCAGAGACUGCCAGAGGCGGAACAGACACAGGACGCAAGGUCGCAGAGAACAGACGCCUCCCCGUGGGGAGAAAACAAGAGCACUGGAGGAGGGCAAGCGGGAGAAGCCGUGGAGCAGCAUGGCGACAGUGCAGCAAUUGCGAGAGGGACAGGAGACCGCGAGGCGGCAGAGACGAGUCAGCCUCACGGUUGGGCUCCCGACUCUUCAGGAGAGACCCUCCACACCCCAGCGAGGGAUGACCCUCCCUGCCCUCACAACGCUCGUCGAAAGCUGGCCUCGACGCAACGGGACGAGAAGCAGCGAGAGGGAACAGCCUGUCUCCUCGCUUCUGCCGCGUCGUCAUUCGCCUGUCACGGUCCCCCGGAGCCUCUGGGAAGCCACAGACCGACUGCGGGCGCGGCAACCAGCGAGGAGGGAGACGAAUCGAGGUGCCAGAAGACAGAGAGCGAGAACGACGGUCUCGGCUCCGGCGACGUCGUCAGAGUGGGAGGCUUCACAGACUUCACAGAAGAACGGAGCGAGGAAGACCUGCGGACACCAUCACUGGAGAAAGGGAGUGAGGGGCAGGAUGCCAGGCAGACCGAGCCUGACGGCAGGCAGAAGUCAGGUGCGCCUUCUGAGGAAGCGUUGGAGAAGGAAGACGCGUCUGUCGUCUCCGGAAAGAAGCUGAGACUGAAGACGCCCCGAAGGAACGGAAGCUCGCUCCCGGGAGCUGGAAGCAAGACGCGCAGAAGGGAAAGCAGCCGAACACAAAUGAUGUACACUGUGGCAAAGGCGAUGCCACCGAUGGCCGCUGUCUGGCGACUGCGGUCAAAUCCGAGUCUGUGGUUUUCAGAGCCCCAAGCGACGCCUCUCCUCGUGUUUGUCAAUGUCAAGAGCGGCGGUCAAACUGGAAAAGCGAUCUACAAAGAUCUGGUCGCCAUCCUCAAUCCUCUCCAGGUGAUCGACAUCCAGGCGGAAGGGGGACCGAGCCGCGCGCUGUCUUUUUUUCGGCCGCUGGCGAUGACGAAGCGGCUCCGUGUGUUGGUGUGUGGAGGCGACGGGACUGUCGGUUGGAUCAUCGACAGCAUCCACAAGGUGUACGGGGCAGAAGCUGCGGAGGAGGAGCGAGGCAGCGAGGCGCAGACUGGCGACGAGGUCGACUCGGGAGAGGCCGCAGGAAAGGUUGGAGUCGAGGGCGAGGGCAGGCGCGGCCGCAGAGAGAGCGAAGGCGUCGCUUGGGGUUCACGGGAUCGCGCAUGCGACCUGCGGAGCCUCGUCCCUGUUGGCAUCUGUCCUCUCGGCACCGGCAACGAUUUGAGCAACGUCCUUGGCUGGGGCUUCUCCUUCGACGGAGACAUCAUGAAGCACCUGCUCAAGAUUCAAAGCGCCGUUUCCUCCACUCUCGAUCUCUGGAAAGUGAAAGUCAUUUCUGACAAGACGAACGCGACGCUCGUCGAAACGACUUUCUCGAACUACCUCGAUGUGGGUGUGGCUGCGCGGAUUGUCCUCAAGUUCCACAAGCUCCGGGAAGAGAAUCCCGAGCUGUUUCAGAGCCGCCUCGGAAACAAGUUUCUCUACGGCGAAGUCGGCUUUCGAGAUUUUCUCGUCACCCCCAACAUCGCCUUAAGAGGCCUGAAGAUCUUUUGCGACGGCCAGGAAAUCGCUCUCCCGUAUCUGGAAGGCAUUUGCGUCGUCAACAUCCCCAGUUUCGCAGGCGGAGUGGAGUUGUGGGACACCGCUCCGGAGUCUUGGGCGGCGUCGGCGUCUCCGGGCGGUCUCUCUCCGCUUCCUUCGCUGCAGUAUUCUUCUCACGACGUAGGCCGCGCGCCCCAGCAGCGCCAGCUGCUGCCUUCUUUCCCCGUCUCGCACAACAGGGAGUCGAGGUCGCAUGCAGUCUCCCAUUUGUCACAGAGUGCACAUGCACUGCCGGCGACGCGGCGGCGCAUGCAUACGCGGCUGAGCAGGGCGCGCGAGGACCGGCAGGCGGUGGAGAAAGUACAUCUGUCGGAUCCUCCGUCCUUCUCCCCAGCGUCGUCUGCAGCGGUCUUCCACCUGGCGCCUCCUCGGACCUCUGUCUCCGGUCGCAGUGUCUCCGCUAGCCACCACCGGUCCCGCCGCGCCUGCGAGGCCGCAGCCGAGGAGUUCCGCGCCUGUCGCUGCUGCUGCUGCGGGGCGCAGGUCACGUUGCCUUCUUUUCCUCGCGGAGACAGCGUCUCGACGGGUGCUCGGUCCUCUUCGUCGCGGUUCUCGGCCUGUACCGACUCCGCUCCUCCGGUGUCGGCUUCUCUCCGCGACUUCAGACUUCGAGAACGCAUCGCGGGGACAAGGACCCAGUCCCCGCACCCUCGCAUGUCUUCUUCGCUCUCCGGCGAGUAUUGCGACGCCCUCCACACCAAUUUCUCUCGGCGAAAACGCGCGAGACACGAACGCAUGCACUUCAGCAUCCAUUCCUUGAAUUCCUCCUCCUUACCUACCUCUUUUGUGCACGCGACUUCCGUUCGAGCUUCUUCUUCUGCUCUGUCUUCUCCGCCAUGGGAACCUGCGGUUGAGCUUCGCGGUGCCUCGCCGACGGAUGCAGGGUCGAGGCGUCGCUGCGUCUCCGAGGAGAGCCGAGAGAAGCGAAGACUCGAGAGAACUCCUGUUCCAGAUGCGGGAGAUCGCCAUGAAGGCGACCGCGGGAAUCUUCCAAGCGGCAGCAAGGCCUCGCGCUCGACCGCGGAUCCCGAGAUCGCCCCCGCAGUUGCUCCGCAGGAACUCUCACCUAAGGAUUCGGAUGGAUGCACCCGAGACCGACAGAAGAAGUCUCAGUCGAAAGCAGCUGAGGAGGACGACGACUCUGUAGACCGGCCUUUCGCGGGAUCUUCCCAAAGAAAGUCAAGAGUCUCUUGCUCGACAUCGCCGCUGAAGAACAGAAAAACGAAGGACAGCCACAACAGGAAGAGAUCGGCGCGAGGCGCAGGAAGAGGAGUCUGGCAGACGCGCGGCCAGUCUCUGGAAGACGUAUCUGUCUCCGAACUGUCUCCUCGCCGCGCGCGUCGAGGAAGAAACGUUGAAGAGCGACUCAGGAAAGGCCGUGUGGCGUGCAGUGCCUGGCUGCGGUUCCCAGAAAACCGAACGAAACUCUGCUGCGGGGAUUGCUGUGGCUGUAGCAACGCGAGAGACGCGACCUACUCCCCGUCUAUAAGGCCUAGGAGAGACGAAGGAGAAGAGCGAGAAGAGGGAGAAAGGACGCGUUUUGCGUCUCGGAGAGAAGGAGAAGAGCGAGAAGAGGGAGAAAGGACGCGUUUUGCGAGUUCGAGAAAGAGCGCGAGCUGUGGGCCUCGUGGUUCCGAGUCGGAAGAGAGCAACCGAGGAGAGAGAGAAACUGUUGAAGCGUCCGGACGAGAAGGAAGAGAAAUGCGCAGAAGUCAACGCGCCGAAACUCUCGCGGUGGACAGAGGGCCAGAAGAGCCGAAGCUUGAGAUUGCAUGCAAGCCGAAUGUUGCAGGGCCUCAGCGACUUGCCGGAUCAGAGAAGAACGCAGAGAGUGAAGAAAUGAAGGAGCAGGCGCAACGAGAAGAAGGCACGAAAAGCGAGAUCAAGUCGCCGAACGGCCCUACUCGGUGGAGACAGCAAAUCAUCAACGAUCAACUCAUCGAAGUUGUCGGCUUCAAGAGUCUCUUUCACCUCGGCCAAGUUCAGGUGGGAUUGGCGAAGCCGGUUCGACUUUGUCAGGGCCGGGACAUCCAGUUGGUGUUGCCUCAAGAGAUUCCGCUGCAGAUCGACGGCGAACCGACCAUGCUUCAGGCUGAGACGACGAUGCACAUCACAUGGCAUGGAGAGACGCCUGUGCUGCUUGCCUCCGACAAAUCAGCGCAGACGCAGACCCUCGCGGCCGUCCAGCAGGUUCUGGCGACAGCGUACAGUCGAGGCCUCCUCAGCGACUACCAGUUUGCCCAGCUGGCAAACGAGUUCCAGAAGCGCUUCUGAUUUCUUGCCCGCUUUAGUUCCUCUCUCCUUUGACUUUUCUCGCUUCUUUGACGUUUCUCAGUUUGCGUCUUGACUUAAAAAUGUUCUUCUCUUUCCUCCCACCCAGCCCCCCUUGUCGUGACUUGGGGAAUUCGUCUCGUUUCCUCCUCUCGCUCUCUUCUCUCUCCUUUUUCCUUACCUCCAUGCAUGCCCGCGUGGAUGCACACUGUCUGCCAUGUGCGUCCCUGUUCAUCUGGGUAUGCGCUGCUCUGCGGCAAAAGCGUUUUUCGGCGUCGAGGGAAGCAGCAGAGGAGACAGGCGGCUUCCGUCUGUCUUCUCAAGCGGCGAAGGAAGAGACAAGGGAAGGAGGCGAGACGGUUUUUUUCCGGAAGAGUGGAGAGCUUCAGAGUGAAGGGAAGCAAGCAGACAAGUCAUGUGUCUAGCAUUUCCUUUGACGCGCUGUUCAUGUCUUCUCCCCAUUUCUUCUCACCCUCGCCUCCUUACGCACCUCGUCGGUCUUGUUCUUUCUCCCUUCUCGCUUCUCCCUUGACCUCGCUUCUCUGCUGCAUGCCUUUCCCUUGCGUUUUUCUCGCUUUUCUAAUCCACUACGUUCUCCGUUUGCCUCGCUUUUCGUGAGGAACGAAGAAGCCGCAAAAUGGCUGUUGCCUCAGGGACACACACGGAGACAGUGACUGUGCCGGUGACGCGUUUCUCUUUUGAAAAUUCCACAUUUCUCUCUUCUUGGCAUUCUCAGAUAGCGAGGAAAGAUACCUCCGUCACGCUCCCCACGAAUAGAGAGAUGCCUCUCCACUCUCAGUCGCCAGCUGAGAUGACCAUACACACUCC